UGCUCAAAUUGCUGCUAUAAUUAAUAAUUAUAGUUACCUAUUUUACUGUAUAAAUAAGUCCAAAGGCAUUGGGCUUUUUGGAAACCUUGGAAUGGAAAAUAAAGAAAACCAACCAAAGGCAUUGAAUCGCCAGUCGCAUCGGUCAGAUCACAAUCCCCCAAUCAUUCCCCUAAUCAUUCCCAACGACUCGGUGGUCACGACCUAUGCCAUAGGGCGUCUUAAUUCGGAACCCGUUCCGGCGAGGAUUGAGAUCAAGGAGCUGAUAGGGAGUGGGUCCUUUGGACGGGUGUACAAGGCACGAUUGGAUGACUCUGACGAGGUGGUGGCCCUGAAGCAGAUCCUCCACAAUCCCAAGUUCUGCCAACGCGAAGCAGAGAUAAUGGGCCAGCUGGAGGAGCACACCAACAUCGUUCGGCUCAUCAUGCACUCCUGCGUGACCUUGGGGAUUCCUCCAAUUAGCUACAUAAUCCUGAUCAUGGAGUACAUGCCGAUGACGCUGCUGGACUACAUCAACUACCACCGAUAUCAGCUGCUGCCCGCGGAAGAGCUCACAUAUGUGCGCAUUCUCUCGUACCAGGUCUUCCGGGGAUUGGGCUAUCUGCACUCCUUGGGCAUCUGCCACAGGGACAUCAAGCCCGAGAAUCUGCUGAUCGACCACCAGCAGAUGCUGCUCAAGCUAAGUGACUUUGGCAGCGCCAAGCACUUGGUGCCCGAUGAGCCCAGCCUCAGCUACAUCUGCUCCAGGCUGUACCGUGCCCCCGAACUCUUUGCCCAUUAUGAUCUCUACGGCUGUGCCGUUGACAUCUGGAGUGCUGGCUGCGUCCUGGCAGAGCUCCUCAAGGGUUCUCCCCUCUUUCUGAGCAACAAGCACGAUCGCCAGCAGCUGAUGUUCAUCGUAAGUCUGCUGGGCAGCGAGGGCCUGGAACGGGCCCCCGAAAUCCGUUCGAUGUGUGGCACAGCCAUCCCGUUUCGGUGCCGGCCCAGCUGGGAUCAGCUCCUGGGUGCAGCUGUACCGCAAGACCUGGCGGAUCUCCUCAACUCCUGCUUUGUCUACCAGUCCUCGGCCAGGAUCGCACCCAUGAUGGCUUGCGGGCACUGCUCCUACGAUGAACUGCGCAUCAUGGAGGCGUUGGGGCAUCGCAUGCCCAAUGGCCAUCCGCUGCCGCCCCUGUUCAACUUUAGCAGCCAGGAGUUGGGCAUCGAUCCCAAGCUCUGGGUAGAGCUGUUACCUCUCCACUUGUCUCAGGUGGAGGACGAGCUGCCUGUCGAAGCCGUUUUUCCUGAUGUGAAGAAAAUUAAGAUUUUUGGGCCAAAAUAAAAAACGGA